AUGACUCUUGAAAACUACAACUUCCAGAGCUCCUUGCAUGGGGCUCUCAGCCUCAAUUCUUUGAAGUCUGGGAACAUGAUGAAGAACUGGCUGCUUAUUUUGAUCCUUUUCCUCCUGAAGUUCAUAGAGAGAAGUGAGUCAGCAGCUGUCAGUCUCUCUGCUCCUCCCACUGUGAAGCUGGUAAAUGGCAGUUCAACCAACGUCAGCAUUACCCUUGGGCAUCCACUAAAUGCGACCUUGGUGAUCACUUUUGAAAUCACAUUUAGUUCAAAAAACCUUACUAUUGUGGAGCUUCCUGAUGAGGUUAUAGUGCCUCGUGGAGAGAAAAAUGCCUCUUUCCAAGUGACUUCUCAAAAUAUUGGACAAGUGACUGUUUAUCUGCAUGGAAAUCACUCCAACCAGACCUGCCCCAGAAUCCAGUUCUUGGUGAUACACAGCAGAAUUGUUAGCGUCAUAAACCAGGUGAUUGGCUGGAUCUACUUCAUGGCCUGGUCCGUCUCCUUCUACCCACAGGUCAUCCAGAACUGGAGACGGAAAAGUGUCAUUGGUCUCAGCUUUGACUUCUUAGCCCUGAACUUGACAGGCUUCGUGGCCUACAGCGUUUUCAACAUCGGUCUUUUGUGGGUGCCCUACAUCCAGGAGGAGUUUCUCCUCAAAUACCCCAAUGGUGUGAACCCUGUCGACAUUAACGACGCCUUCUUCAGCUUACAUGCAGUCGCCCUCACCCUGAUUGUCAUCCUGCAAUGCUGCCUGUAUGAGAGAGGCAACCAGCGCGUGUCACGGCCCUCCAUUGUUUUCCUGGUACUUGCGUGGCUCUUCGUCUUAGUCACCAUGAUUGUGGCUGCAGUCGGUGUCACCACAUGGCUGCAAUUCCUCUUCUGCUUCUCCUACAUCAAGCUCAUCAUCACACUGAUCAAGUAUUUCCCACAGGCCUACAUGAACUUUUACUACAAAAGCACCAAGGGUUGGAGCAUUGGCGGUGUGCUCCUGGAUUUUACAGGGGGCAGCUUUAGCCUCCUCCAGAUGUUCCUCCAGUCUUACAAUAAUGACCAAUGGACAUUGAUCUUCGGAGAUCCAACCAAGUUCGGACUCGGCGUCUUCACCAUCUUCUUUGACAUUGUCUUCUUCAUCCAGCACUUCUACUUGUACAGAAAGAAACCAGGGCUUCAGGCAGCACCCACAGGUUUCGACAGCCAUCCCAGCCAGAACUGAGCACCAAGUUUGCAGCUGAUGGCCUUGCCCCAAACCACCAGUAUUUCUGGGAGAAGCUUGAAGGGCUAACCUUGCAACUGGGAGAGCCAAGGGUGCUUUGUUCCACCACAGUGUUCACAGGGACCAAGCAGCCAGGUGCUGUGGCCAAAUGGACUUGAAGGUGCUGAUACUGGCGGUGGAGGGGAGAGGACUGUGGGAUUAGGCUUUGGGGUCCUUUCUCUAGGCCACAUUUCUUAUCUCAUUCUAUAUAACUCUGCUCCAGUAACUUCAGAACAAGUGGCCCAGGCCAGUGCCUGGUAAAGUAUAUUUCUGACCCCUGAGGCGCCUUCCAGAUUGGUCAGAAGUGGACCCAUACCUGCACACAAAAAUACCACAGUUAACUUUUUUUUUUACCCCCAAGGACUAUUUUGAAAUGGCUUUUCUUUUGCCCUCUUUCCUACCUCCACUUUCUGAGAGUCAGACUGAUCACCGUCUGAGUACCCACACUCCUCCUAACCUUACACCUAUGGAGCGGGUACUCAGGACCAGCCUGUGCCUUAAAGCCCAUCAGUCAAUCAGUAAGCUUCCUUGGAUGGGAAGGGAGGCCUCCUCCCCCAUCCCUCUCUCAGCUGUUGAAGAGCAGAAGUCCAGGAACCUCCCUCCAAUACUGCCUUUGGACCCAACCUGAUCCCACACCUCCUUCCUUCUCAUUCCAAGUUCUCCUUCCUGUGCCAGAUAGGGAAGGAGCCAGGGUGUGCCUUGAGUUCAUCAAUCUGCUCCUUCUCUAAUAUUGAGGGGCCUUUGGAUUUCUUUUGUAUUUUUUUUCUUAUUUUGUUUCAUGUUGGCGGAGUAUAUGUCCUUAAUUAAAAGGUGGCUUGUUUCCUAUUUGUA